CCCACAUUGCCGAUAAGAAAACACCCAUUGAAAGAAAAAAAAAAAAACCACCUUCCUCUCAUGGCUUCUUCUUCUGCUCUCUCCUUCCUUCCAUUAACUCAAUCCCCCAAGCUCUCUGCUCGGAACCCACUUCCAAACUCCCAUUCAUGGCGCCCGCGUCCCCCUCGCCCUAACGCACCAUCCUCCUCCUCCUAUAUAUCUGCCUCUAUCGGAGAUGGGCCCAAUGCCACGGAGCCCAUAACCGUUGAAACUCUCCACCGGUUCUUUGAACUCAGCGUUGGCAAAUGGCACGGCUCCUUCUACCAAUUCAAUGCUCAUGGGAAGUUGAUGCAAAGGGUGAGUACGCGGCUCUCUGCAAGUACCUAUGGAGAAGAUGAUCUGAUGAGCCUCAUUCAAACGCUAUACAUAAAACAACCUCCAUUGUCAGUCUCAGACCCUAACGAAGAUCCGGAAUGGGCAGAAUACAAGAUCAAAGAGACCAAUAUGUUUACUGUCGACAGAUAUCAGCAGAUUGGCUUUUUCCCCGACACAAGGGCUUUCGCCUUAAGGUACCAGACCGCUGGCAUGCUGGAGACUGUUUUGAGGCAAGGUGUGUUGGGUGAAAAUGACACAGGAGAAGAGUCUCCCAGGAAUCUUAAGCUUCCUUCACGAAGGCCUUCUAUAGUAUGCGAGAAUUGUUUAUAUUCGCAAGACAUAGAUAGUAGGCGGGCAAGAGCCUUUCACGUUAUGAACCCUGGAGGUGACCUAGAUAUGCUUCUUGUGUUCCUGGAAGAUAGAGGGGAUGGGAAUCAUCCUCCUCCUUCACUUGGCAAUCUUGGAGUAAUGCUGGAAGGGUUGAGCCGUUUCUUGGCAGGUGGGAAGGUCAUUCAAUGACAAAGCGAAGUGGUGUUUAUGGAUCAACACUUACUGAAGCUGAUUCUGUUUCUUUACUUGAGAUGAACGAUAAGGGUCAGCUCAUCCAGGAUAUGACAUCGAAUACUAGAGCAAACAACGUUGCGACCAAAGUGCAUUGGAGUGGUACCCUGGUGGAUAAUCUGAUCAUUUAUGACGGAGGAUACCAGAUAACUCUGUUGCCGGGAGGGAUGUACAUGGGAUGCCCUUGCGAUAUAGCAAAGAGCGUUGCGGAAUCCAAGUCGUUUCAUCUGGAGUUUUGUUGGCUUGAAUCUCCUGGGAAGAGACAGAGACUUGUUAGAACUUAUGACAUUGAAGGUUUGGCAGUAUCAUCCACAUACUUCUCCGAGACUAAAGUUUAAGUCUUUGAUUCUGAUUGUGUCGUGUUGGCAAGUAAAAGCUUGAGUACAGACGCCAUGUAAUAGUAUAUUGCAACACCGGAAUUGACAAAAUGAUGGUGGAAUUUUGUUAUUUGGGAGAGAAUUAGCUGGAGUGCUUGAAAUUAGUAUUCUCGGCAUAGUGAGGGAGCUGGAGAGCUUGAAAUUAGAUGAGUCAAAUUUAUGCAUAUCAUUUCCAUGUUUCUAUGCUCUCUUGUACGAAUUUGGGUACGCUGUAUAUGUGGUUUUUGUGUAAGCACGUAGUUUUGUUGUCGGACUAGACAUCUCGUGAUGACUUUAUCUAUAACUGUUAUAUGUACGCGGUAGUAAUUUGAACACUCAUUUGCAUUCAGUCAUGUAAACAUGGUAACUGAAGUGUCUCUUGUGGAUGAUCUUCAAGUAACUAGCAUUUUUUUCUCAGUAUAGAGGAUUCGUUUACUUGUGAUGAUA